AUGUCUGACGGUGACGCCCGCAAGUCUUCCCAGCACGGUUUCGGCGGCGACCGCGAGUUUGCUUCGGAGAUGGGCAAGAUCGGCGGCAAGAACCAGCCCGACGAGAUCUACAAGCCUUCGGAGCACGACGGCCUUCGCGAGGACGGCGAGCCCGACCAGCGCCUCAACUCCGAGCACGGCUUUGGCGGCGACCGCGAGCGUGCUGCUGAGGCUGGCCGCAAGGGCGGAAAGACCCAGCCCGACGAGGUCUACAAGCCCUCGGAGCACGGCGGCUUGACCAAGUCGGGCGAGCCCGACAAGCGCAUGAACUCGGAGCACGGCUUUGGCGGCGACCGCGAGUUCGCUUCGGAGAUGGGCAAGCGCGGUGGUUCGCGCAACGCGGACGACGACGAGUAA